CCUUCCUCCCACUUCCAGCUCGACCUCCUCAUCCUUCAGAUGUGGACACCAGGGCUCUGCUCACCAUGGAGGCCUCCAUCAGAGAGCCAAACUUGAGAAACUUUAUCCGGUUGUUGCAAUGUGCAGCCAAGUUUGGCGAUGACCUCAAUAUCCAUGCCAAUAAGGAUCUUUGGGAGCUUGCGGUGACCAACUCGACGCGUUCCGCUUUCUGUCUAUUCAAGCUUCGUCCAUCCUUUUUCUGUAGAUACAAGGCUUUAGGAGCUCCUUCUGAGCAGAGAAAGGGAGUAACAUGCCAGCUUCUGGUAAAGGUCAGUGCUGAAGAUGGAUUGUGCUCGACAAGGGCUGCUGACAGGAUUCUGCAGUCUGUCCUCGCGGUACUCGGGAAGAGCGGUUCCAUGAUCAAUGUGGACCGGGUCGACCUCAAGAUUGUGGAUCCUGAUCAGUCAUUACACGUCCGGAAGAGACAGCGAUCUAGGUCUACCGCAAGCCGUGAGAAUGGGACACAGACCCAAGAUGAUGCAGACUAUGAAGAUGAGGAAGAGGCCGAAGCUGGGGCAAUCGAAGCGAAGUUGAUCAUGAAGCUGGUUUGCAAGCACGGUGUCACGAAGAAACACUCUCUGCAUCUCGCGGCAACUGAUUUUGAACGUGCCGAAGUCAACCCGGACACGACGCCUUCUUUUUUCGUCAUCUCCGCCAAGAGUCUCCGAGACAUGCUGGAUCACUUUGCUAUCGUUGCGCCUACAGGCAUGGGCUCAGCAGGAGGUUUGAGCGUAAGAAGCGAGAACCAGCUCGGAUGGAUGUUCACGAGGAACCAAGUCAGGAUCAAAAGCUGGGAUACGGGUCAACAAACGCUCAUGACAGAGAUCAAAAUCGAUCCUGGAGAAUUUGAGGAAGGCUAUUAUGUUGAGUAUGACAGGGUGGAUCUGACAAUCCCAAUGAAGGAGUUUCGAGCUACCCUCAAUCUCGCCGAACAGCUUAAUAUCAGCCUCAAUAUCGCAUUCUCUGAAGCUAGUCAACCGGUCACUCUCAAUUCCGCUUUCAGUGACGAUCAGGGAUCACAGGGGGAUUUCUCGAUCUUCUGCGCGAUUGCCACAACAACUUGCGAGGCAUUCAAGGACGUCGCCACAUCCGGUACAGAUGGUGAUCGCAAGCCCUCCACGACGCCCAGUCAACCUCCGGCCCGAACCUCGUCAUCAGCCAGUGGCCUCGAGAUGGGUCACAGUCGAGGAGUCAACGGGACGGCUACAGACGCUCCGUCACGCUCAAAUUCGGUAUCGCAGCAGAAGACGAAACGAAGCAGACUGGAAAUGUCUUCUGGACAGCGAGCUGAAGAUGUCUCCGUGGUCUUUAAUUCCAUGCGAGAUCCAAUGUCCUUUCAGCGAGAUGGAGAUAGAGAUCAAUCUGGAGGAUCACAAUUGCCAGGAAGUCAAAGAGUAGUCAUGAGUCAACAGGAGUUACUAGAGAUAUCUGGCCUUGGCGAUAUGGAUACCCUGGCGCAGGAACUAGAUCAGGCAGAGGAUGAAGAUUUCGAAGAGGAGUUGACGAUGAGCCAGCAAGUCCGACAAAAUGGUCCAUAUGCCGCCAACGAGCACCAGCAAGACCGGCGGCAAGGUGGAUCGCAAGCAGGUGCUCAAGAGAUCACGGCAUUCGAGCCGGCCCAAGGGAUUUUCCAGGAGAUCAUGCGGGAAGAAGAGCAACGGCAGGGAACUGACGAAGAUGACGAGGCACUUAUGAGCACACAGAGCCAGAGGAAGUCUGGACAUGGCGAGUUCGAGGCAUUUUUCGAUGACUAGAGAGGAUGAUACGCAUCUGCAAUCAUGCUAUAUUGUCGUGUUGUAUCAUAGUCACAUCCAUUGCAUUAAGGCAUCGAGUAUGAG